AUGAGGUUGCUGCCGGACAAGACCACGGGUGCCGUCUCGACGGUUGAUGAAGACGCACCGCGCAAAGGUUCAAAGGGGACUGCAUCAGCCGGAGGAAGAUCGGCCAAGGCCAUCCCCGGCUUGGCCUACCUCUUCGAUGAUGAGAAGAAGGGUGGGAAGGAGGGCGAGGGCGGCGAUGAGGGGAAGGGAGGGGCAAGGAGGCGGAGGAAGGGACCUGCCAAGGAGAGGAAGAAGGCGCGCAGAAUCAAUUACGAGCUCCUGUCCCAGCCCGAGGGACUCCCCGCCCUCUACGAUCGGCUAAAGAGCGGCUUCAAGAUCGAUGAGAGCCUUCCCCUGAUUGAUCAGAUGGAACAAUUGAUUACGCCCUACCGCGAGUGGGCCAAGGAUCUCAUGCCCAACUAUACAUUCGAUGACUUCAUCGAGCGCACCGAGAAACUCAGCGGCACCUACGUAAUCAGGGGCAUGCUGGAGAGCCUACAACGCGGCGAGGGUGUGCCGCAGGUGGACGUAAUCCUCAACAAGAGGCGAGCCCAGAUCGACGACGCCGUCGACGACUACGAUGACGAGGUCGCCGCCGCCGACGCCGCGGCUGGAGGAGCCGACGCUGCUCUCCGGCCCGACGUCGAUUACCGCCCCGAGCGCGAAGAGAUCAACCCCUUCCUCGCCGAUGACGACGAUGAGGACAGGACAGCCACCCCUGUUGUGCGCGCCGCAGCCAAGUCCGCUGCCGUCGAUGACGACUUCAAUCUGGAGGAGCUGCUGGCGAGGGACGCGGCCAAGCAGGUGCGCGACGACGACGAAAACGAUGAAGAGGAGGUGCAGCGACGCCGGCAGAAGCGGGAGGAGUACGAGCGGUGGAAGCGGGAAGAGAAGGAGCGGGAGGAGGAGCGCGUGAGGAAGCUCAAGGAGGAGCGGGAGCGGGAGAGGGAGAGGAAGCGCGAGGAAGCCCUGGCCAAGAAGAAGGCCGCCCAAAAGAAGAAGAGCGAGAAGAACAAGAAGAGGCGGCGCGACGCGUCGACAGACGAGAGCAAGAGCGAAAGCGAGAACUACAAAAAGAGCGAAAGUGAAAGCGAAGAGGAGGAGCGACGGGAGAAGGCGAAGAAGGAGCGGGCCAAGAACGCGAAGAAGAAGGAGCGGGUGACUAGGAAGGAGGCCAAGCGAAGGAACAAGCAACGUAAGGCCCGCGAUGACGAUGACGAUGACGACGAUAGCAACAGCGACAGCGACAGCGACAGCGACGCGAAGCAGAAGACGAAGCGAAACAAGAGCAAGAAGAACAAGUCGAAGAAGGAAAGCGACAGCGGUAGCGAAGACGAAGAGAAGGAGAAAGAAGAGGAAAAGGAGAAGGAAAUGAAGAAGAAGGAGGCGCAGCAGCCGGUGGUGAGGCGAGUGGCCAGGAGGCGGGGCAGGCCCAUCGCCGCCGCGGCGCCCCAGGCGGCUGAGCCGUCGAUGGCCACCGGCAAGCGCAAGUCCACUGAAGAAGGCGAAGGAGCGGCCGCUGCGGUCGAGGAGCCUCGGAACAAAAAGAGGCGCGUCGAACAAGAAGAAGAAGAAGUAGAAGGCGACAAGAACGAGAACGUCGCCGCCGCCAAGCCCUCUACGUCGCCGAUGGAAGAGGAGGAUCCCGACAACGUGCCCCUGGGCGUGCUGCUUGGCCUCUAA